ACACGUGCCAACGUUGCCCCAACGUUGCCCCAACGUUGCCCCAACGUUGGCACGUGUGCUGGAUGACCCUUAUAAGCAAAUCAAAUGCACUGCGAGUAUUCGUAAGUACAUUGUUAAAGGCACAAACAAACGUUGGAAAUUAUCUGGAUUUCAUUGUAAAAUUUAGCAAAAAAAUACAUUACAGAGACAACCUGCAAGUUACCAUUGUAUUUGCAUAUACUUUAUUGGUUAAUUGUUUUGAAAUGUAUCAAAUGACUUUUAAGAGUAGAGUAAACAGGCCAACGUUGGCCUAACGUUCCAAGUUCACUGAGACCUCGGUGCACACACCUCAGCAUUGUGCUCUCCCGUCGACCCGUCUGCUGUGCCGUAUACAGUAUUUGAAUGCAUCCCACUAAUCUCGCAAUACUUGAAAGUCCUACGGAUCGACAGAAGCGCUGCACAUUUUAACAAACGUUUGUGUGCUACAUAUUGGGCAGCUUUACAACGAAAACAAAUUCCUAGAUGGCAAUAAGUAUUUACAGCUGCCGUUGUACAGUAAACACUAUGUGCAUGUGAAAUGUAUGCUUUGGUGGUAAACAUGCAACGUUUUCCCAUUGUUGAUCCAUCGUUGGUCCAACGUUGGGCCAACGGUUCAAAUCACAUGCCGAUGUUGGUGCAACGUUGCAUCUUUAUUGGUUUCCUGUUUAAAUAUAUAUGAAUCAUUAUGCUCUGAGUAAUAGAGUAAUCGUUUUAAGAUACAACCAAGCAUGCAUGCUGAUGACACAGUUUAUCUGGACCAGGAUAAAUUGAAAAUAAUUAUCAUAAAUACAUCACGACAUCCUGAAGUGAGCAGGCCUCGUGUCGUUUAACAGAGACACCACCCACAGAAACUCCUGCAGAUGCCGGUGUUAAGCCAGGACAUGACAUUGAGAUGAAUGCCGCCCACCCUUUGGAAGCAGAUGUCACUUCGAGCGAGGGAAAGGAGGGAAACCCUAUCCCAAAGAAAAGCGAAACUUGUUCAUAUGCUGAAGUGCCUUCCGGUGGAGAAGAAGAAGAGCAUAAGUUCGCGAUGGAACAAGACGCCAAGCGUGGAUUUGAGAUGUCUCCCUUCACAGGCAUUAAAGUAGACGCCCGUGACGGCGGUGACCUCGAAGGAGCGGCAUUCUCCAGUGAAACCGCUUCCUCUAAAGCAGAGGGCGCUGUAGCAGGGGAUGGCGUUAUCAUUCGUGAGCCCGAGGUCGCUAAAGAAAUUACGAUUCCGGAUCGCAAAGGCGGAAGCGCAGAAAAUGCAGAGGACCUCAAAUUGCUGCCAACCAUGGAACGAGUCGAAGCGACUGAGAUCCUGAACCCCACUGAGAUAAUGAACCCCUCUGAGAUCCUGAACCCCACUGAGAUCCUGAACCCCACUGAGAUCCUGAACCCCUCUGAGAUACUGAACCCCACUGAGAUCCUGAACCCCACUGAGAUGCUCAACCCCACUGAGAUCCUGAACUCCACUGAGAUCCCGAACCUCACUGAGAUCCUGAACCCCACUGAGAUCCUGAACCCCACUGAGAUCCCGAACCUCACUGAGAUCCUGAACCCCACUGAGAUCCUGAACCCCACUGAGAUGCUCAACCCCACUGAGAUCCCGAACCUCACUGAGAUCCUGAACCCCACUGAGAUCCUGAACCCCACUGAGAUCCUGAACCCCACUGAGAUCCUGAACCCCACUGAGAUGCUCAACCCCACUGAGAUCCUGAACCCCACUGAGAUCCUGAACCCCACUGAGAUCCUGAACCCCACUGAGAUGCACAACCCCACUGAGAUCCUGAACCCCACUGAGAUGCACAACCCCACUGAGAUCCCGAACCUCACUGAGAUCCUGAACCCCACUGAGAUGCUCAACCCCACUGAGAUCCCGAACCUCACUGAGAUCCUGAACCCCACUGAGAUCCUGAACCCCACUGAGAUGCUCAACCCCACUGAGAUCCUGAACCCAACGAAAGGUCAGAGCUCGGUGGAUGAAGGCCAGGGUCCUGCGUCGACUGGAUUCGUAUGCGACGACGACACGUCCACGCAUGACCCAGAACUGUCCACAAACACUUGCAUCGACUCCAACGUGUCGUUUGCUGAGCAUCAGGUGCAUUCUGUUCGUAGGGAAUCGAACAAAGUCUUUCAAGAUAAAUUAUGUCUGAAUACUAAGGUUGAGAAUCGUGACGAAUUACAUCGAUUCCUGGAACAACCGGACGCAGAAAUAAACAACAAAAAGGCUCCUCCUAACAUCAUUGUGAGCAACUUAACAGAAGUUCCAAACGAGGAGGAAGAGGAGGAUGCUGCUUGUGUUGUUGAAUCUCCAGUGCGCUCUGAUGGCUUCCGUGAAGAGCAGUUUGAGGGUCCUGACUCUGAGAGCGAAUGCCAUGGGAACGCUCCGGCUGCGGACAAAUUGCCCGACGAUUGUGAAGCGUCGCACGACGCCUCAGAGGACGCCCAUCACGCAGCGGACGGACCGGCGGCACUCUCGCCCCAACAUCACACCUCGCCUCCAUGCUCUGCAGCUGGCGAUGGAACCAAGCGUGAUGACGAGUACCUGUCAUUCCACCAGGAGUACAGUCGGCAGUCUUCUCAGGAUAUACCAGAAAUACUUGAACUGAGUCGUGAGGAGUACGUCCCACAGUCACCUCCAUCCUCUUACCCCCCAGAUAGCGACGCCAAGGAAGAACACAGGUUCCUACCCGAAGUCACGAGUGCCGGCGAUGAGAAGCUUUCAGAAAACAGCACUUACUCUGACCACUUUAUCACCGAGUAUCCCGCAGGAGCCUCUCCCAAAUGCUCCGUCGGCAGCAACUACUCGGCCACCUGCCCUCCGCUGUCACCUCCAAAAAACAUUGGCCCUGAAGUGUCUACAGUUGAUUCGUUUUUAGUUCACUUUGAUGUGCCCGGGCCUGAACAUGAAGCAGACAAGCAUGAAGAUCUACCAAAGCAAGAAUGCAGUCAUGCAACUGCAGAGGGAACUGAAGACAGCGUUCAUUUAAAAAUCCAGGCCAAGGGGAGUCCUGCGGAAGGGGCGCGCGUGACGCCGCCCGAUGACAUUACCCUGGCACCCCACGAGCGCGCAGAAUGCUCGGGGGGAUCGGCCUUGUCCUCCAGCGGGCGCGAAGCCGAAGGCGAGACGGACCCGGAGACAAAAGGGCAAGCGGUGGCCACAGUGGCAGCGGCGAUUCCGUCGGAAGCACGCGGUCCUCAGGGGGGGCCGCCUGCCGUGGAACACCUCGGCAGGCAUGAGCAUCCGGGCACGGUGGCCAGUCCGGUGGCGCUCAGUCAAGUGGAAUGCACUGCGGCGGUGCCCAAGACGACUUGGCAGAAAAGGCCCCUCGAAGUGCCCAUCACCAGUUUAGCCGAUGGCAUUGACAGUUCACGCAAUCUACGGGGGGGCAGGGUCUGCAUCUCACAAAGCGAGGGCAGAGACGAUGAGCUUGAUAGACCCUCAGAAACGAUGGCCGGGGUCCUGCCGGAUGAACGGAACGACGGCAGACGUGGUUUGACUGAGACUGCGACAGAAUUUGGUGAAGGUAGUAGUAGUGACCUGGAUGAGGGAGAAUUCAAGUGCGAGCGAGAAUCGAUGCCUGCGUGCGUUGCUGACAUCACAAACGACACAUCUGAAUUGGAAGACUUUGAAAAAAACGAAAAUGCAAUCAUACAGGACGGAGUCAAUGACGAGGCUGCUUCGACCAAUAUCAUCGGCACGUCGGUCACUUCUGAAGCGCGUGGAGGAGAUGCGGGACAUCUCAUCUCCUCCUCCAGCAGCAGCGAUGACGACAACGACGUUGAAUCAGAACGUAAAACCACAGCUGCCGAGUCACUUCAGCGGGAGCGUGCGAUUACCGACGACCGGCCAGAAGCGGUCGGCGCAGAGGUGAAAAUUGAAUUUCCACAGGACCCACCUAUGCAAGACCAACAGGUCCCCAUGGCAACGGAAGUGGUGGAGUCCGUGAUCAUGAUCGAGGAGGACAUCCUCACUGUCAUCCAGACGACCACGGUGGAGACGGAGGAGCUCACGGCAGACGAGGCAGACUUCAGCCUGUCCGAGGCACUCGACGAGCCGUCCGAGCGGGACGUGGCAGAGCGGCGAGCCGACGGCGGGGCCGACAAUGCGACGGAGGUGGACGUGGACACGGAGGACCUCAGCGUGGCCACCGACGUCAUAUUCUCAGAUCUGUCACUAACUGAAAAGACUGCGCGCCGUGCCGACCGAGGUGAAAAUGCCAGAGAUGCUAUAACAGAGGCUGCGCGAGGGGAUUCCCGUUCGAUGCCCGAUCGCGAAUUCACAGCUUGGCAACACGAUCAGAGGAAGCCGGUCAAAGCCCUCGAUAGAAGAAACAAUACAUCGAAAAUCCAGAGCUCGCGUAAAAGUCAAGACCCCAGGCCUGACCCACAGGACAAGAAUAAGAAGAAAGCAUCAGGUAGGAGCGCAGAGCCCACGAAACGAGCCGUCAUUCGUCUUAGAGCGCCCGCCCGGAGGAACGGCGCGGGUGACGCCGAAGUGUCGCACGGUAGACGGAGAUCGAAAGUUACAAGAACGGAAAACUGGCAUUCGUCCGGAACAAGCAGUCCCACAAAACACCGCAAGGCAGGGGCCCUGGAAGCAUCAUCCAAAAAUCACCCAGGACAGCCGUCCAGCAUAUCCCCGCCAGCCUACAGAGCCAGCGCCAGGUCCUUCUCGGUCACCCCCAAGAGACCGACGAGUUUUAGAAUUGAUGGGAAAAUGAGUGAACCCCGCAAGGUUGCAGUGAGCCUCUACCGCUCCUCUUCCGCAGCAGGAGCGCUCGCGAUCCGCAGCAAGCCCACGACCCCCAGCGCGUGUGACGAAAAACUGGGGACGGCCACGGCACCGAACACCCCGGGCACGCCGAGGGCCUUCCCCCCGAUGGCCCCGGGCACCCCGCGGGCACUGCCGCCCCGCUCGCGCACCCCGACCGGCCUCCGCUCGCAGCAGUCGAGCCUCUCGCUGCCGCUGGAGAGGCGCGCCAUCGCUGUCGUGCGCACGCCGCCCAAGUCUCCGUGCCUCUCACGUGGUCAGAGCCGGCCCCUCUCCGCUCCGCUGCCCGACCUCAAAAACAUCAAGUCCAAGGUCCACUCGACUGAAAAUCUCAAACACCAGCCCGGGGGCGGCAAGGUGCACAUCAUCUCAAAGAAGUUGGAUCUCAGCCACGUUACCUCCAAAUGUCGGUCGAUGGACAAUAUCGGUUACAAACCCGGUGGAGGGCACGUGAAGAUCGAAACGGCCAAGCUGGAGUUCGAGAACAUCAAGUCCAAGAUCGGCUCUCUGGCCAACUUGGACCACACGCCCAGUGGCGGCAACGUGAAGAUCGAGAGCCGCAAGCUGACGUUCCGCGAGAACGCCAAGGCCCGCACGGACCACGGGGCCGAGAUCGUGCUCGUGUCGCCCCAACUCUCCCUGGAGGGCUCGCCGCGGAGCCGCCCCUCCGCGCCGCUCUCCCCGGCCAGCGCCCGCGGCACGGCGCACGCCCCCCCGCGCCUGCACUCGCUCGCUCACGACGUGGCGGCCGCCCUCGCCAAGCAGGGCCUCUAGCCGCGGCCCGCUCCGCGCACUCCGCCGUGGCCGACGAGCGCCUCCCCCUUGCCGCGUCGUUGUACCUGCCCGGCCUGGCUUAUGACGGGAACACUCCGUCGACUUUCGCGUUAAUGAUGCAAAGUUCCGUCGGUUGAAACUCGGCUCGGAAUGGAGCGCCGCUUUGCGAGGGAACCAACGGCGGUUGUCCUAUGGAUAGACUCGCUUCCCUCCGCCAUAGAAAUGUGGAAUCUCCACUACUGAGCACCAUCUAUUUUCCGUCACGCUUUUAAAGAGCCGGUCGAUAUAAGUUUCGCCAUCGAAGCGCACCGGACGCGCUUGGAAAAGCGCCGUAACACCGCGCCGUUUCAGUUUACGAGCGAACGAUAGGAAUACCACCCUUCACCAAAACUCCAAAGACCUUAAAAUAAAACCCUUCCGGUGCCGUAGAGAGACGCUUCCUUGCCGCUGGUUUAGAGGACAAUGCGAACCAAACCCUUAGUUGAGGGCGGCCUAGUCGACCCAAGUCAUUGCAACGGUGAUGCAUUUCACCCCGCUCCCGUGUUACACGGUCACAAGCACCGGGUUCCUCGUGAUAGAUCACGAGCCACGCCAGCGAGCUGCUCAUCGUUAGCGCGCAGUUUGAACACGAGAGGGGCAUUCUGAUUUCGGAACAGUGGGUUGCAUUUUUCCGGGUUUUUUUUUUCCAUUGCAGAUGCACGUACAGUGGUCCCUUGGUUUAUGAUGCCAUCGAUUAACGAUAUUUAGAUUAACGAUCUGCCUCCCAUAGGGAUUCCCCCAUUGUUUCUCUUAGCGAUACAUUUUCGAUCAACGGUAUGUGUGUACGAUAUCACGCAGCCGCCAAUUUCGGCCAAUCGGAGCGCUUCCUAAGUGGACUCGGCAGACCUCAGCCAAUCAGUGACCCACUCUUUGAUGAGCGUUUUGAGAGCCUAAGGUGAGAAUUCUUAUUUUAUGCUGUUUUAUUAAUUAUUUAUGCAUGUUUGGAUCAACAUUCAUGCUUGAAUAUGUUCUUCUACUUAUUUAUAAAAUUGCGUGUUUAAAUAUUAUAAACUAUGUUUUUAGGGUGAAAAUUAUUCAAUUCUGAUCAUCUUGGAACAAAUUAAGCCCCUUUAACAUGUAUUUAUUAUAUUCGAUUAACGAUCAUUUCAAUUAACGAGGGUUUUCGUGGAACCAACUAAUAUCGUUAACUGAGGGACCACUGUAAUGUGAUAUCACGUGACAUUUCUAUGCUACUAGUCUUCAUUGCUCAUUGCAAGAGCUAUUGAUUGCUGCGUGUAACAAUGUACUGCGG